AUGAGACUCGCCUACCUCUUUGUUCUCUCUAUGAGUGUUUUGCCAUUCGUGAUUGCUGAACUCGCCUCGAUCUCCACCAAACGAAACAACACGGUUUCUGGCACUUAUGAACUCGAUCACGAACCGGCCAAGAAACAGGAGGGUGGUCGCUCUUCCGACAUGAAAGCACUGGAAGAUCGGACGCUGAAAACCAUUCCUCACGAGGCCGCCAGUUUGAUUGAGACAGGCCUGACUGGCCUAUGUAAUCGGCUCAUGAGGUUCUUCAAGCAAGGCAUGGAGCUCAACCGAGGCCAUCUGAUCAAGGAAAUCAAACUCCGUCGAAGCACUUUGCAAGCUUUUGCGCAGCUGGGCGAGGUUCACAUUCACAAAGAGUUCGACUUUCACCGCAAGCAACUGGCCUUCGCGUUCUUUUCAAUUCCCGAUAUUGAAAUUGAGGCGAAGAGAAUCACCGCCGAGACGCCGGACCUUGACCCGUACAGUGUGAUGUAUGAACAUCUCGUGGAGAACAUGAACGAGAACGAUUUGGCCGUCCUCAUUAUGGUGGGAAAGGAGAUCAAAGGGGCAAGCGUUAACGCAAAACUGUUCGAAAAAGCGCAGUUUGACUCGUGGGUUGAGAACCAUGUCCUCGUGAAAUCGUUGGAACCGGCGCUGCUGGCUCAUCCUGGCUACACGCUCCCCCGAGAAAGCGAAGCAAAACGCAUUGCAGACGACUACAAAAGGUACGUUUCGGCGCUGCCCGGUGAUUUGAAAUGA